AUGGCUGACCCUACGGCGGUCGCCGAUCCUCCAAUGCCUCCGCUUUCUGUCACUGCUGCAAAUGAUUUUGAUUCCGGCCUCUCAAUGCCACCCCUCGAUCGCUCUUUCUUUUCUGAACACCUGACCUCGCCCUAUAACAAUAACGAUAACAACAGAAAUGACGACGACGUCUUAGACCUUGAUUUCAAUUUCUCCUUCGACGAUCUGUAUCUUCCUUCCUCCGACCUCGGUGAUCUCCUCAUUGAUCCCGUCCCUGACACGAUUCAAGUUCAACCCGACUCGUUCAACGGCCAACUGGGAUCAGGGCCGAACCUGGAAAAUCCCUACAGUGUUUUCAAGUCAACCUCGGUAGAAUUACGUCAUCUUUGUGAUGGCAUCCCUGGAGAUCUAUCCGGUGAUCAGAGCUUGAAUGGGGCUGGGGUUACGAAUUCUGAGUUGCUGGUUUCAGAGUCUGCCCAAAUUUCUGGUUACCUGAACGUGCUGUCCCCGGAGUCGAAUGGAUCGAACCGCGGGAGCUCGGAGAAUUCUGGUGGUGACGAGAAGGCUUUGAAUUGUCUUUCGCCUGAAUCUCAUGUUUCGGAGAAUUGUGGCUCGAAUGUUUCGGUGGAGUCAAAUAAUUGUGCCCAAUCGGUAAAUGUUUCUCCUAAUUUUGAUGAUAGUUCAAUUAGAACUGGUGUUGUUGAUCAGAAGAAUAAAUUAGAAAAAUCAGCGUAUAUUGAUGUGAGUAAUUCUGCCAUGAAAAGGAAAAAAGAGAGUGAAGAUUCUACUAAUACUAAUAGUGAGUCUAGAAUUAAUAAAUAUAGGAAAUCUAGCAACUGUGUUGAAAAUAAUAAUAUCAGUGGCUGUGGGUUGAGUGAAGAGGAUGAGAAAAGAAAGGCAAGGUUGAUGAGGAAUAGAGAGAGUGCACAAUUGUCAAGGCAAAGAAAGAAGCACCACGUUGAGGAGUUGGAGGAUAAGGUGAGGUCAAUGCACUCUACAAUUCAAGAUUUGAACGGGAAGAUUUCAUACUUCAUGGCAGAAAAUGCGACUUUAAGGCAACAAUUGGGUGCUGGCAAUGGUAUGGCUGUGCCUCCCCCAAUGGCACCGCCACCUUCAGGAGUGUACCCACAUCCAGCAAUGAUGUAUCCAUGGAUGCAGUAUCCCGCGCCCUAUGCGAUGAAACCACAAGGGUCACAGGUUCCAUUGGUGCCUAUCCCAAGGUUGAAACCGCAACAGCACGUGGCAUCGCCAAAUCCAAGUACGAAGGUGGAUGGUAAGAAGAAAGAUGGAGUGAAAACUAAGAAGGUUGCUGGUGUUAGUUUCUUGGGGUUGCUGUUUUUCAUAAUGUUGUUUGGUGGGUUGGUUCCAAUGGUGAAUGUAAGGUAUGGUGGAGUGAGGGAGUCAUUUACGGGUGGAGAGACUUAUAUUGAUGAUGGGUUUUACAGGAAGCAUCAUGGAAGGGUGUUGAUGGUAAAUGGGUCCGAAUAUGGUGAGAAAUUUGGUGAUGGGAUAGAUUUUAAUUGUACUAAAAAUUGUGGUUGGAGAGGUCAUGUUGGUGGAGGGCCAAGUGUGGAUGAGUUUGCUCGUGUGGGCAAUGGUAAUGAUCCUCUAGCAGCAUCUUUGUAUGUUCCCAGGAAUGAUAAGCUUGUCAAGAUUGACGGGAACUUGAUUAUUCAUUCUGUUCUGGCAAGCGAGAAAGCUAUGGCUUCUCGUAAAGAUGAUGGAGACGAGGCAAGUGUGGAGACUGGCCUGGCUGUUCCUCGAGAUUUGGCUCCUGCUAUUCCUGUUCUAGGUGUUGGAAAAAAUGGUGGAAGACAUCCUCACUUAAGGGCUCUUGAUUCCGGUUCUGCAGAUAGAGAUCUGAAGUCUAAAGCAGCUGAUGGCAAGCUUCAACAGUGGUUCCGUGAAGGCCUUGCUGGGCCAAUGUUAAGUUCUGGCAUGUGUACCGAAGUGUUCCAGUUUGAUGUGUCAUCAGCUUCUGCUUCUGGUGCCUUAGUUAGAGCUACUGUGAGGAAUAUUACUGCAGAAGCUGAAAAGGUUCAGAAUUCUACAUACCUCAGAAAGGGUAGGAAUAGAAGAAUCCUCCAUGGACUUCCCAUUCCCCUUCGUGGAACCUCUCGUAACAUUUCUAAAGAACACGAAGGAAGGAAUUCGCAGAAAGAGAACUUGAACGGAAAUAAUUCAAUAUCUUCAAUGGUCGUUUCUGUGCUUUUUGAUCCUAGAGAGGCUGGGGAUAUUGAAGGGGAUGGCAUGAUGGGAGCAAAGCCCCUUUCUCGGAUUUUUGUUGUUGUACUAAUUGACAGUGUCAAUUUCGCUGGAAAACUGGAGCUUGGAGGAUUUAUCCCAAAGGUUCCUGUUGGUAAUGCCAAGACUCGUGCUCUAAAACAUGGUUAUCAGUGA